AUGGCGGUAACCAAUGCUACAGGUGGUGGCAGCGGCUCUUCUCUACAACUGGCUGUUGACAGAAUCCUAAUUGUCCAGGUGAUGAAUGCAAUCUUUAUUACCAUCAUCUGUCUGCUCAUCUUCACCUUCUUUAAAAAAGACACAUUUAAAUACAAAACACGUUAUAUCUUCUUUGCUCACACACUGCUAACUGACUGUCUGUUCCUAAUCAUGACUAAUAACUUGCUACUCCUGACUUACUUUAAGGUCACCAUGCCGGCUGUGGCGUGUGUUGUCUUCUGUGUUUUAAUGAGUGAGUUAACAUUUGUGACCCCGCUGACACUGACAGCCAUGAGUCUGGAGCGCUAUGUGGCCAUCUGCAUGCCUUUGCGUCACGGAGAGCUUUCCACUCGGCGCAGAAGCAUUCACUGUAUCUUCUUAAUUCACAGCAUCAGUGCCAUACAGCCCAUGAUCAAUGUUUCCAUCUUCUUCGCCUCGGUCCCUCUGAGCUUCUAUAAGCAGCAUAAGCUUUGUUCAGCAGAGAUUCUUAUUGCACACAAUUGGCAGAGACAUCUUAGAUCGGCUAUUAAUCAGUUAUAUUUUCUGAUCAUGGUAAUCACUAUUGUUUUCACCUAUGUUAAAAUAAUGGCAGUGGCCAAAGAGGCAUCAUCAGACCGUAAGAAGUAUUCAUCUAAAGGUCGUACAACUGUGAUUCUCCAUGCUGUCCAGUUGUUCCUGUGUCUGAUCCAGCUGUGGUGCCCUUUCACAGAAGCUGCCAUCCUGCCUAUUGAUUUGCAAUUGUACAUUGAUGUGAAAUUCUUUGAUUACAUUGUUUUUAUUCUGGCCCCCCGAUGUUUGAGUCCACUUGUCUAUGGCCUAAGGGAUGAAUCUUUUUUUCUUGCAUUGAGACAUUAUGUAUUUUGUGGAUGGAAUUACAGAAUUACACUAUAA